CUUCUCCUCCUCCUCCUCCUCCUCGCAGGCUGUGGUUUUUCUGUGUGUGUUUCUGGAGUCCUGAGCCUGAGCUAAACAAAAGCAGGAGGCUGACGGGGCUGCCGGAGUUUGCAGAGACACGGAGGAGGAGAGAGCCUGUGCUCUGCCUGCCGCCGCGGCCGGGGGAGAUCUGGCUUUUGCAACAGCCCACCCCCUUUGAGAUCACUCUGGCCCGGAGUGGGGGUGGGGGGCAGCGGGGGUGGGGGGGAAAGUUUGCAUUGCAAUCCCCCUGCCUUCCUCUCCUUUCUCCCGAUCAAUGCAUAUUUGCAAAAGGAUUAAGCCACAGAUUUAAGCGCCGGGAGCCCAUUUCUGCCUUGCAAAGGAGACCGGACUGAAAAACCAAAAGCCAGCUCUGAUUUCUUUUCGUCAAGUGGGAAGGAUCUGAAGCCAGCUUGAAGGAUAAAAAGCCUUGGUGCUGCCCAGGAGCCGAGCCGAGGAGCAGAAGAGGAAGAGCCGGGGGCUGCUGUUGCCUUUGGAGAUGGACGAGCAGCCCAGGCUGAUGCAUUCCCAUGCUGGGGUCGGGAUGGCCGGACACCCCGGCCUGUCCCAGCACUUGCAGGAUGGGGCCGGAGGGACCGAGGGGGAGGGCGGGAGGAAGCAGGACAUUGGAGACAUUUUACAGCAAAUUAUGACCAUCACAGACCAGAGUUUGGAUGAGGCGCAGGCCAGAAAACAUGCUUUAAACUGCCACAGAAUGAAGCCUGCCUUGUUUAAUGUGUUGUGUGAAAUCAAAGAAAAAACAGUCUUGAGUAUCCGGGGAGCCCAGGAGGAGGAGCCGACAGACCCCCAGCUGAUGCGACUGGACAACAUGCUGCUGGCCGAGGGGGUGGCGGGCCCCGAGAAGGGUGGUGGCUCGGCGGCAGCCGCAGCCGCAGCGGCGGCUUCGGGAGGCGCGGGCUCAGACAACUCCGUGGAGCACUCCGAUUACAGAGCCAAGCUGUCCCAGAUCAGACAGAUCUACCACACGGAGCUGGAGAAGUACGAGCAGGCGUGCAACGAGUUUACCACCCACGUGAUGAACCUGCUGCGGGAGCAGAGCCGGACCAGGCCCAUCUCCCCCAAGGAGAUCGAGCGUAUGGUCAGCAUCAUCCACCGCAAAUUCAGCUCCAUCCAGAUGCAGCUUAAGCAGAGCACAUGCGAGGCCGUCAUGAUCCUGCGCUCCCGGUUUCUGGACGCGCGGCGGAAGAGACGGAAUUUCAACAAGCAAGCAACGGAAAUCCUGAAUGAAUAUUUCUAUUCCCAUCUCAGCAACCCUUACCCCAGUGAGGAAGCCAAAGAGGAGUUAGCCAAGAAGUGUGGCAUCACAGUGUCCCAGGUAUCAAACUGGUUUGGAAAUAAGCGAAUCCGGUACAAGAAGAACAUAGGUAAAUUUCAAGAGGAAGCCAAUAUUUAUGCUGCCAAAACGGCUGUCACUGCUACCAAUGUGUCAGCCCAUGGAAGCCAAGCUAACUCACCCUCGACUCCUAACUCAGCUGGUUCUUCCAGUUCUUUUAACAUGUCAAACUCUGGAGAUUUGUUCAUGGGCGUGCAGUCACUCAAUGGGGACUCUUACCAAGGGGCCCAGGUUGGAGCCAACGUGCAGUCACAGGUGGAUACCCUUCGCCAUGUUAUCAGCCAGACAGGAGGAUACAGUGACGGACUCGCAGCCAGUCAGAUGUACAGUCCGCAGGGCAUCAGUGCUAAUGGAGGUUGGCAGGAUGCCACUACCCCUUCAUCAGUGACCUCCCCUACAGAAGGCCCUGGCAGUGUUCACUCUGAUACCUCCAACUGAUCUCCCAGCAAUCGCAUCCCGGCUGACCCUGUGCCCCAGUCGGGACAGGGCCAGGAGGGAGGGUUUCUCUCCCAACGCUGAAGCGGUCAGACUGGAGGUCGAAGCAAUCAGCAAACACAAUAAGAGUCUCCUUCUCUUCUCUUCUUUGGGAUGCUAUUUCAGCCAAUCUGGACACUUCUUUAUACUCUCUUCCCUUUUUUUUUUCUGGGUAGAAGCCACCCUUCCCUGCCUCCAGCUGUCAGCCUGGUGUCCGCCAUUUUUCCCGCCCCUUCCCUCUGUCCUAGACUCCCGGGGCCCCCGCCCUCUCUUACAUCACGGAAGGAUAUUUUCAACCAUUAGAGGAAUUUAAAGAGGAAAGAAAAUACAAAGAAAAUAAUAAACGUGUUUGUAUGUUUUCACGCUGGUGGUUUGAGGAGCCAGAUUUACCUCACUCGGAUCCCUCGCUCCCUCUGUGAACAGGCAGCCCUUCUCAGUUUCUCUUCUUACUCUCACUACCUCUUAGCAGGAAUGCGCAACGUUGCCCCACUCAUUCCAGGCCCCCUGCCUUCUCUUGCUCUCCCCUCCCUGGGCCAGCUCUGCUUAGAACACUUCUUCCUCUUCCUCCCCAGCCUUAGCUGUGCCCUGGGGACUGCCAUAGCUGGGCUUCUAAAGGUGCCACGUUUUCCGGUCUCACCUCCACUAGGUUGAUCCCCAGGCAGGAAGUCAAGCAGCAGGAGAGGACGGAAGCAACCAGAAGGGCAGAAUUCUCGGAGACUUUCUCCUCCUUCUCCUAACAGCUCUUGGUUUCAGAGGCACAGUCUUUGGAGACCAUGCAACUCUUAGUAAGCAAGGUCCAGAACCUACCGCAAAACCAGAUCCGAGUGGGCAUGGCGACGAACGAACCGCUACAGAGUAGAACGUUCUCACCCUGAAACCCUUCAACGGCACCUUCUCGCACACGCACGCGCGCGGUCUCACACGUUCACUUUCUCCAGAUCCGUCACAGGCCGCUUGCAAAAAUACCCACGUUAGCAACCGCAGCAGUUAGCCCAGGAGAGGGAAUUAGCGGCUCUGAGCGAGGCUCACCGAGACAGAGAAACAGCACGUGCCUGAACCUUCCAGGCCCCGCGGCCCCCCAGCUUGCACGCAGAACUGCAUACACGGGACCAAUCACGGUGGAAGCCAGGUUUGCAGUGUAAGCUCUUCCCGUUCCCAGCACCUCUGGACUCUCAGGGAGCCACGCACAGUACUAAGCAAUGUCUGCAAUGGCUUUGGUUCUGUUCUGGUUUUGUUUUUAUAUUAGGGACAUUGCAUUAAUUGUCCGGAGUGUUCCGUGGCACCACAUUCUUGUUCUGGAGGGGUUGUGUGAGCACACGGCCCAGGCACAUUUUGCCAGCUUCAUUUGAAGACCUGGGAGCGAUGGGGAAAGGGGCGGUGAUGUUCUCCGUGAAAUCGUCCCAGUGAUUUUCAUUCCCCGGGAAUGUCUGAGAGAAGAGUUACGUACUAGAGAGCUACUCAGUAGUGUCACCUGAGCUUACAUUCCUCAUAGCCAGCUGUGCCAGCGGGAACGAUGGCGGCUCUGUAACUUGACUCAGUGGAAGCAGGUUGGUCAGAUCUCUCAGUGCCUCAUUCUCUUCAUCUGUGAAAUGGGGAUUCUUAGGCCUGGCUUACCAAGAGGCUUGUGAGAGACCGAAGAAAUUGAUUUCAUUCGUAUGCGAUCCGUAAACGUGAAGUCAGGGGAAGUGUUAUCUCCAAACUAACCCAGUUCAUGCCACGUAGGGGCAACGUACGGUUUCCCUGUUCCAGCGUCUAGGUAGCAUCAGUAUCCUGAGGUCAUUGCCACGAUGACAAAGAAAGGAAGGGAUGGUGUUGCUUUUUUGUUUGUUUUGGUCUGUGUGGUUCCAUAGACUAGAGAGAAGCCUCCAAACUAGAAAAAUAGGGCCCGGUUCUCUUCGUUUGUACUGGAAUCCAGCACGUGGCCUCGUAAGUAUGGAGUCGCCUGUCACACGCACUCUGCUUGAGAGGCCUGUGGGAGAAAUAUAAGACCCUGAGGGGUGAGGAUGGCCGUCUAACAAGGUCAUGGAAAUCGUGCAUGGCACUCCAGUAAGGAAUAGAAACUUCCUGUGUGUACUGGGGAGAGGGGUUACCUAAGAAACAGGAAGGUGUGUGAAUUUGAAGGAGAGGCAAAAAGUAAAUCUUCGGCAAGAUGGGAUAAGGCCGUGAUGACUAAAAGCAGUGGAAAGGUUGUGUCUGCUGACCUGUGCCCCAAUCAGAACAGGGCUCGGUAGGGAGGCUUCUUGGCAAGAGCCAUCUUGUGACCCACCACCCCGUAGUUGUAGAACCAGAGGAGAGUCUUGCUUAGCAUCAGGAAUCUAAACCACCCACACAGGAGGACAGUUGGAACACAUGGCUGACUGAGCACAGUACAGAAGAGACCCAAAAGGGUUCUCUGGGACACAGGAAGAAUGAUUCCAGAUUUGGGUUGAGUCAUUGCCGUUUGAAGUUGAUGACACAGAGCAGAGCUGCAUUUGCACAGACAGUUCCUCUCCCACCGGAGUGUGCACUGAUUCUCACCUCUCCCAGCACCUUCCCAACCCAGCACUUCUCUCCGCCCUGUCUGCUCCAGUUUUCCACCACCUCCCUUCCACGCCCUCCAUCACGUCCAACAUGGCAGCUGCCAGAUCCCCCGACGGUAAGCGAAGCAUGGGAUCUCUGGCGGCAGAAGGAAGGGGAUGGAGAGAGCGUGCCUCUGGAAAUACAGCUCCCUGGGAAUCCAUAUUAGGUCAAUCCUACAGAUACCAAAAUGUGCCCCAGGACUCCUGCAUUUUCUAACAGGAGCGAGAACGCUCCAUCUUCCCUGGCAGCCGAUUUCCCCUGAGAAAAAGUAGCCCUUGGGUUUGCCCACCUUGUAACUCUUCAUCACCUCUUCCUCUUCAUCCCUGACUCCUUCCCCUGGCGUGAAACUGACGCCUGUGCAGUACUUUGUGACAAGUGGCACCUUCCUUACAUUGAUUCUUUUUACUUUGCUGUGGUGGUGGUUAUUUGCUGGUCGUCUUCUCUCACGUACCUUCCCCGCCCCCCCCCCCCCACCUCUUUUCCUUCUGAGUUUUAUUUUUCUGCCCAGAAAAACCUGACUUCGAUACCAAAAAAAAAAGAUGAAACUACAGAAACUCAAAUUUAAAAAAAACUUUAAAAAAUACAAAAAAAAAAAUACUCGACGAUUCUUUCAGCUUUAUUAACAUUUUCCAUUGUUUCUUGCGACUUGUGUCUCGUUCUUUGUAGUAUUGAUGAUGAACAUUUGAUAAUGAAUGUUCUUGUAUAUUCAGAUAAAGAAAAAAAAACCAAAAAAGCGGUCUGGAUUUAAUAGUGUUUAUAAUAAAAAUUUUAAAAAAUGACCCUCAUAGCACGCAAAACAGGAUGGGGGGGGCUCCCCUCUUCUCUCUGUGACAAUACGCAUCAUUCCUGCAUUUGUUUCUCACGCCAGACUACCUACAUUAAUCAUUUCCCCCAUUUUUCUUUUAUUUUCUUGCAUUUGUGAAUUAGUUCAAGAAUGCUAGAAAAGUGUCGAGUUGUGCACAUUCAUUUCCUGUUUCACAAUGUUUAAAAGUGACAGUAAUUCAUUUUGUAAACUAAAAAAAGAAAAAAAAAGAAAAAAAAAAGGUUGGGAUAGUGAAGCAUCAUAGGUACAACCUAACAUGUUAUGUUUAUUAACUUUGAGACCCAGAAAUAAAUUCUUUUCUUUCUUUCUUCCUACUCUUUAAAAUAUAAAAAAAAAAUUAUGUUUUGUGUUAUUUUUGGUUUGUUUAUUACGGGGGGGGUGCUUUUUUUUUUUUAAUUGUCAGGAUUAUGCUCUUGCUGUUUUUAUUCCUUAAAUAUGUACACGAGGUGAUGUGAAAAGAUGGCAUUGGUAGAGUAGGCGGUUUCCCUGUGCUUCUAUUUUGCUCCGGAAUUCAGUUGACUUCAAAGACAAAGAUGAAGCCCAUCGUGACGUCACAUCGCUCCCCUGUAUUUCCAGAGCGUGUGGCAUUCCCACAGUCCCCGAGAAAAAACACAGUCAGGGACCUGGGUUCUCCUUUUGGCCCUUUACAAAUUCAGCGAGUCAGUCCAGGAGACAUUUUAUAAGGAAGGGAAAGACUUUUCGCCCUUUGUUGCCUGUGAAUGUCACGACAAAGUGCUUUCUUUCUUCCUGAUUAAUAACAACAUUCCAUGAGCCCUCUUACAACCAGAGAGGAUUUUUCUUCCAGAAGCAUCCCACAGGAAAUCCUGGUGUGAUGGACCAUUGGCUGCAUAGACUCGAUCCAGGACGCCAUCCCUGGGGUCAGUCAGUCGGCCUACUGAUCUCUUGAAUCCUGAUUUUGGACGAAGAGUUGAGAAAUCGAGCCCGACUCAGUGCUCUCCUUUUAAUGGCCAGAGGUGAAGUUUGAUUUCUUGACGACAAACCUCUUCUACGUCUCUGAUGUAGGCGGCUGCUUCAAGCAAACGGUUAAACUGGCUUGAUUUGGAAUGUUUUUUAUUAGUUCUAGGGGAAAAGAAAGCAGUAUGAUCUGGAAGAAGCUUAUUAUAAAUAUCUUGCAUUCAACAAAUGAUUAAGUGUCCAGAAAGCAACCAGAACAUAAGCAAGGAAAGUGUAGGCCACGGUGCAGGACCGCGGAACAAAGGUUUGCCAGUGUUUCUGCCCACACACCUGCACGCUUGUUCCUGAGUCAACAAAGUAAUGACGAGCUUUUCACAUCACCUUUACGGUUUCAACACCCAGCUCAAAGCUUUCUGGAAUCUUCUAUUUUUUGUAAACUUUUUUUUUUCCUUUUGUUAAAAUUAAUAAAACAUUCAUGUUUUUCCCCUUUCCUCUCUUACGACUUCCUUUCUUUCCUUUGGCGUUUUCCAUGAUUUUGAAGUGCUUUCCUUUGGUUGUUGGUUUUAUUCUCCUGCUCCCCUCCCCUGUUCUUAUUAUUCAGAGUAUAAACCUACAAAGUUCUGCUCUGUUUUUGGUUUUGAAAGUUUAAGCUUUUCUGCUUCUGUGAGAGCACAGGCUUCGGUCCCUUUUGAUUCCAACUGAACUUUUGUGUUCUCUAAUGAUACUAACACGGUGUAGGUUUGACAGUCUCCUAAUUUGUACUGGUAAUGCAUAUUCCAAAUAAAUAGUUUCUUUUGUUGCAAAAAAUAUA